CUGCUCCCCGCCACAGUCCGAAAUCGGCUAGCGUGACGUUACGACGUGCGGCGAGAGUCAUUUAAUGGUAACGGAUCCGAUGCCUUGUAACAUUUAAAUUCCGCCGUUUGCAUCGAUUACGACUGAGUAAACGACGAGUGCAGUGUGCCAGUGACUAGAUAAUAGAUAUACGAAUCUGUGCAAAAUCAUUCGAGAAAGAUCUAAUCGCCCGAAAAACGAUUGACUCGAGAACCGUUCGCGACCAGUGUAAAGAAGAGGAUCUCUCACUGUCACGAUGGCAGCCCACGGGCACACGGCUGCUGCGACCAUCGCCCUCCUCCUAUUGUUCCCGUCGAUCGCUUUCGCGGACGAAGCUUCCUUGGAGAUCCUGCCGAGCGGCGACACGCAGACGAAGCCAAUCGGGUCCAGCAUCAUCAUGACGUGCAAGCCCAAGGUCGAAGACACGAAGCUCAUCAGCGACAUGCAAUGGCUCGAUACGCAGAACCGUCCGAUCGAGUCCCUGAAACUCGUCGUCUUACCGAUCGAAAGCACGUUCUCAGGGUACACGAAACCGCCGAUGUACACCGAACUACACCAGGACAACAGCCUGUCGCUGUACUUCAACUCCCUUCAAGAGGAGCAGGCCGGGAAGUACACGUGUAAAGGCACUUACGCGAACUCGAUAUAUUUGAACAAGUCCGUGACGAUCGACACUAUUGUUGCAAUCACUUGGACAAAUGCGCCCGAGAAUCAAUACCCAAUCCUGGGCGAAGACUACGCGAUUCGGUGCACAGUAAGGGCAAGGCCUUCGCCCUUAGUCGACUGGCUCUACAACGGUGAAUUAAUUAAGACGAACGACCACUACAUCAUCGACAAGUACUCGCUGAAUAUCAAGAACGUACAGGAAUCCGACGACGGGAUCUACACUUGCCGGGCUUCGGUGUUGACCACCGGGGAGCUUAAGGAACGACCUAUUCGGGUUGAGGUGCACGUGCGGCCGACUGUGGAGGAUCUGCCGAGCUCGGUGGACAUAGUGGAGGGCGAGAACGCGAACAUCGAGUGCAAGGCUCACGGCAAGCCGCCUCCGAGGUACACCUGGGUGAAAUCGCUGACGAAGCAGAACCUGUCGAACGUGGAUCGUUUCGGGGUGAACGCGGACAACGGCGUGCUGACGAUCACAAACGUGAACAGAGACGACGCUGGGAGGUAUGAGUGCACGGCGACGAACAAGGCGGGCUCGGCGACGACGAACUUCUUGGUGAACGUGAUCGUGAAGCCGAAGAUCAUGGAAUUCCAGAACACUAGCCAGAUAGAGGGCAAGAAGGGGACGAUCGUGUGCAAGGCGUUCGGCAGACCGCCGCCGCAGGUCGUCUUCAAGAAGCACACGUCUGAGAAGCCUUACGUGAAAGGUUCGCAACAAGACGACGACACGAUCCUCCUGGAGAACGUGUCUGACACGGUCAAGGGAGAGACGGUGGGCACCCUGACCAUCGACAAGCUGAUGAGAUCGAACGACGGGCUGUACGAGUGUAUCGCCCAGAAUACAGGUGGAGAGGCGCGCAGGAACGGACACUUGACUGUCGAGUUUCCGCCGUCGUUCGCCUCCAUGCCGAACAACACCGAGUGGUCCUGGGAUCAGAGACCGGUGAACAUCAGCUGCAUCGCCGAGAGCAUACCGAACGCGACCAUCCGUUGGACCGUCAACGGCGGCGAGACGAUCGACAACGACGCCAUGAUCAAACAGGAUGGUGCCGGACCGCGCUCCACUCUGAUGAUCGUGCCUCUCGACAGGCGGUACUACAGGGUCUACAAUUGCAUCGCGUCGAAUAUUCAUGGCACCCGGACGCACAACAUUGAACUCAGCGAAGCCUCCAAGCCUGGCGUGAUACAGCAAUCGAAGAUGAUCGAGGUCACGGCGACCACCAUCAAGUUCGAGCUGGAACUGCCGUCUACGCACGUGGAGCUACCUAUCACCAACGUCGUCGUGAGGUACAAGAACGAGAGUCAGACCUGGCAGCAGGCGAGCAACAAGACGUUGUCCGUUGGGUCGUCGUACGGCAUCGAGGGCCUGAUACCGCAAACAUCAUACGAAUUCCAGUUCGCAGCGCAGAACAAGGUUGGCCGAAGCAAUUGGGGGGCAUUUCUUCGCGAGACGACGCCCGUGAGGACCUUCCCGAACCAGCCGAAAAUAAUAUCGUCGGCGACAGAAUACGACUUGUCGACGUUCAGCAAUCAAUACGAAUUGUCGUGGCUGGUCCCGGUGGACAACGGGGAACCGAUCAACAUGUACGAGAUUAGAGUCUGUCAGAUAAACCGCGUGUCCGGCAGCUGGGAGGACCUGGAGAACACCUGUAGAACUCAGAAAGUGACGAUGCCUGGGAGGACGAAGCAGUGGCUGAAGGACCUGAAAUCGGACACGUUCUACAAGGUCGAGCUGAGGGCGCACAACGCAAUGGGAUUCAGCCAGCCGGGCGCGACCAGGUUUAAGACCGCAACGGGUCCAGACACGACCGUGGUCCAUCACCAAGGGCCGCUGAUAUCGAGCGCAGCCAUAAUCGGUAUCGUGAUCGCGGUACUGUUCAUUAUCAUCAUCGUGAUCGACAUUAUCUGCUGUUGCGCCCAUAAGACAGGAAUCAUAUACUACGUGUGCGAACGAUCCCGCCGGAAACCUGUGGACGAAGAAGACGCGAAACUCGGCAGUCUUUACGGUUGGCGGUUUCCAUUGCCGUAUUGCGACCAAAAAAUGGCCAAUGUCGCCGGGGUCACGGCCAUCCAAGACUCGGGUAGUGGAAAAAAUACCAUUAGAUUGGUCAAACACACUGCCAUAGACGAGAAGGAGCCGUUGAAGGAGGAGAAGAAGAUCACGCCGAUCAUCGACACUGGCCUGCGCCGGGAGACAUCGAUCACCUUCGACGGGAAAAGGUCCGUCUCGAAGACCGGGUUCGUCGGCAAGGACUCGGCCGUCUAGAUAUUCUUCCGGCGUACUAGAUUGUAAAUCGUAACCGUGGAAACGCGCUGUUUCUGGUCAAAAAGUGUUCUCGAAUCGAUACGAAACUGCUCGUACGUUUCCGGAACGUGACGAAGUACGCUGACGCCGUGAUUUUCAAACGGUUUUCGCGCCAGAACCUCGGGUUGUAUACCGUGAUCGUGCGCAAACCGGCGGGAAAAUUCGAACCCAGCGGGACUUCGUCCGUCGUUCGAGCACGGUAGAACAGCGCAAGGGAUCGGGUUUCGACCGCUUCAAAACCGCGACACGCCCGACAACCUCAUCAAGUCAAAUUCUUCGGCAGGAUUCGUCAGAUUUCUCGACACCCGGUAGUUGCGCGGCCGUUUCGCAACGGUGUGAAAAGCCUUAAACGGAAAACCUAUCUCUCUGUCCCUUCCUCUAGCUCUCUCUUUUUCUCCCCCCCCCCCUCUCUCGUCAACGUAGUCAAAACACCCGGAGCAAAACGGAAACACAGGUAAUUCGAAACGACGAUGCGCGGCGAUCCGUGGUCGUCGUACCCCUAGCGCAAAGAGGAAACUAUCGAUGUAAUUUGUAACAUUUAGCGAGUAUUGCAAGGUGGAGCCUAGAUAGAUCGCUUACACGAGGAGGAAGAAUGUACAAAAUUUAUCGCGAAAUUGGUAGAAGCUGGUCGGUGAUUAGUGAUCACUGCUUCGAGGCACCCUCUAGUUAAUCGCAGUCUAGUACGCUGGGUAGUACUGUGUUGUUGUGCGCACAGCACGACGGUAAAAAAGAUAAAGGAACGAAAGGACAAGGUUCCCCGGUUUCGUCUCGUUCCCAUUCGCGGGGCAAGCUUCGCGGGAGGCGAACGCGAAACGAGAGGAGCACACGACGCACUCUCUCUCUCUAAACGGGGUCCGCCGUUUUGGUGAACCCUCGAUCUCUGUAUAUAUUCUUUCGAAGGUUAUAUCCCAUCGACCUAUCCUCGCCCAUUCCUCGACUGAUCGUUUUCUCGAUCGGGAGCCACAUUGCACGGUCCAGACGACGCAUAUUUCAUUUUUCCUAUUGUUCGAUUUCGCGUCGAUUUCUAAUCGCUUGGUUACCGGUUCCGCGCGACCUUGCUUUCAAAGACUGAUUCAUUUAAGCGGGAGGAGCCGCGUACCGGUCGUCAUCGACGAUCGACCGGUUCAGGACACUUCUUGCUUUCGACGAUGAUCCAUGAGACUGUUUCUUUAUUGCCUGCCAAAAAGAACAAUCGACUAACAAGCGCACCGUUUUCUGUGUCGCCUCGACCCCCGGCCGUGUAUCGUUUCGUCGCGGUUAGUAUGAUUUGUUGCAUUCCUCGGGCGAAGCGUGUUCCCUGGUCUGUCCGUGUGAUCAUAUUUUCUAAUCAUAUGAUAGUUUACCGUGUACAUUUCACAAUGUAAAUGUUUCGCGUGCAAGAACAGCCCGACCAUUUCGUGUUCGUUCUCGUCUGUUCGUUUUUACAUACUUCACCCUCUAGUUUCGUUCUUGUUUUUGUUUACGGUAGUGUUUUUAUGUGUCCUGCGUUAGUCCACUGUGUAAGCUAAGUAGAUAAGUGAACCGAGAAUUUGGGCAGCUUUUGCUAUGGAAUUCCGGUUGGCGGUUCGUGUCGUUGAUGCGGAAUCGUCGGGACAACACCGUGGGCGGUAUACCUAAAGACUGUAAGAUACGGGAAUUAGGGACGCGUUGCAACGGCAGGCGGUUUGUUGAUCGGCGAUCACAGCAGCGUUGACGACGCGCCGUAGUUAAACCGCGUAACAUUUUCAAAGUCUCUCUGAAUAUUGUAUGUAUAGCGUAAUCAGAAGCAGCGGCAACAAAGUGAACGUUCGUUACACGAGGCAUCAUCACAGUAGUCUUGAUCGGAUCCCGCGGAUUUCGUCCGCGCUUCCGGUCGGGAAUCACCCGCGAAACAACAAAGUGAACAAUCGAAAGCUGCCAUAUACAUAUAUAAAUAUACAUAUAAUUAACGAUACUCGAUACUAUCGGGAAAAAAAGAUUCCAGUUCUGUCCUAAUAUGUAAGAUGGCUUUUCGAGAAAAACGCAGUUUAAAAUGUGAUAAGUUUUUGUAAAUGCUUGUAAACGUUUUUCCUAACCAUUAAGGAGUAUCGGAGAUAAGUUUAAGGAAAGGGGGUCCGGUAAGUUUAGGAUGUUGUAUGCGAUUUCGGAAGGUGCGUUCGCAAUGGAAAUGCAGAAGAAGAUACAGAAGAAGAAGAAGAGGAAGAAGAAAGAAGCGGCGGAAGAAGAGUGACCGGAAGAGCAAUCAAUCGCGUGUAUAUUUAUUUAAGAGGAUCAAUGUGUACCUACAAGUUAAAAACACGACAGAUACACACACACACAUGUACACACACGCGCGUGCGCGCAUGCCAUACAUACAUACAUACAUACAGAAAUGAAAACGAACCUUUAAAGUUGUAGAGCAUCGCCUCCUCGCUUGCGAACGCACUGUCUGCACAGGUAGCUUUUUUACGUACCCGUAAACACAGAGUUUUGCCAAAUAUAUAGUACUUAUUAGCUUGUAAGUCAACGAGUACAUAUUAUACACGAGAAAAUAUAUAUUAUGUCGACGAGAAAAACAAACAAAAAAAAAAGAAAUGAAUGAAGAAGAACAAACGAAACGGCGAGUUUUUCGUCUGAUAAUCGUCACACAACCCAGUAAUUCGAGGCUUCUAACGAGCCGGAGAGGGUCACGUUUUAUCUAGCUAUUUUAUAUUCGUUGCCAAAAAAACCCGUAACCCAAGUAGCUUCCCAUGAAAAAAGUAUUAACUCUGCGCAUCUCUUCCAGUUUAACAAACGAAAAAAGGAGAAAAAAAAUGAAAGCAAGCAAAAAUAAACUAUUAUUACGAGGUAUUAUUAAAGUUCGUAGGUGUAAGGCAUAUUUUUUAUGUAUGCUUUUUCUGUACGCGUCAAAGAAACGUACUCUCGACUUAAAUAAAGGAUGAAGAACAUUUUCAAGGUCAA